CGAACUCGGUGCGAGAAAUUUUGAUCUGUGUUGUGUAAUGUGUGUUUGUGUUUGUGCAAAAUGGUGCUAAAUACGAGGUUAAUUUUCGUUUGCUGUCUUGUUUUAUUUAAUGGUGUGUCUUCCCGAAUAUCACAAGAUACAUCAGCGGAGUCAUUAGAAGCGUCAACUGAUAGCAUAUUAUCUGCUGAACUUCACGAAGGUUCUGGCGAAGAACCCACAAGACCACUUACGAGGAAGAAUCAAACACGUCUGGCUCUUAGACCCGAUGGAAGCGAGCAGGAUCCGGUUGUGUUUCUGUCUGACAAGAAUAGCUACAUCCCAGUGAGCAUUAAGCCUCGUUCGCCAUCUCCAGAGCCUUCUUGGCGAGAGCCUCCAGCCUGGGAGCGUGAAUAUAGACGGCAAAGGACCAAUGGAAGUCGAGUUCAAUAUAUAGAAGCCGAAUGUCAAGAUGAUUUUAUGAAGAUACGAGUUGGUUUCAAUGGCUCGUUUUCAGGAUUGGUUUAUUCCGCUGGUUAUUCAUACGACCCUGACUGUAUGUAUAUAAAUGGUUCAGGUCGUGACUAUUACGAGUUCUAUAUACAGCUCAAUCGAUGCGGUACUCUUGGAAGAAAUGGACAACACGAUGAAACUAGAAAAAAUCCCACGAAGAACCUCAUGUGGAACACGAUAACGGUGCAGUACAAUUCUCUGAUUGAGGAGGAACUGGAUGAGCAUUUUAAGGUCACAUGCGAAUAUGGAUACGAUUUUUGGAAAACCGUCACCUUUCCAUUCCUCGAUGUUGAGGUCGCUACCGGAAAUCCCGUAGUGUUCACGUUGCAACCCCCUGAAUGCUAUAUGGAGAUUCGGUCUGGCUAUGGUGCUACUGGUGCACGAGUCUCGGGUCCUGUACGCGUGGGAGAUCCUUUGACUUUACUCAUUUACAUGAGGAGUGCUUAUGAUGGCUUCGAUAUCGUGGUAAACGACUGUUUUGCACACAACGGUGCAGCUAAACGGAUUCAACUCAUUGAUGAGUUAGGGUGUCCCGUAGAUGACAAGCUGAUCUCACGAUUCCGAGGGUCGUGGUCAGAAUCUGGCGUGUUCGAGACGCAAGUGUAUGCGUAUAUGAAAACGUUCCGAUUCACGGGAUCACCAGCUCUCUAUAUAGAAUGCGAUGUUCGAAUGUGUCAUGGAAGGUGUCCUUCCCAGCCUUGCCAUUGGCGUAACAUGAAGAGUGUGCGACGUCGUUCAGUGGAAGAGAGCGCGAGUGUUGCGCCAAGACUGUCAGAGAACAUCUCUCUCUUUCAAUCAUUACGGGUUUUGCAAGAGGGGGAAGAGGACGAAGAAUCAUCAAGAGCUGUUUCAGAAGGACAAACCUGUAUGAAAACAUCAGCGUUAUCCGCAAUGAUAGUAUCUUGUGGGUUACUAAUUGCCGCAUUGCUUGCUGCUCUACUAGUCGCGGCUCGCGGCUGGCGGAGAAGUGAACGAAGAGCUCCUCUCCAUGCGUAUGUGCCCCAUAAGGGACGGAUAAAGUAA